UCUAAAACCUAAAUCACAGUAAAAUCUCCAGCCACAGGUUUCUCUGAAAUUUUCUCUAUAGCUUGAUCUCCACGCUACCUAAACCCUUUCCUUUCACCAUCGAUCCUACGCAAGCGAUGGAAUCAUCAGUAGCGCAGAGACUCUACUCUGUUCUUACGAGAACAGAAGUUCGCGACAAGAUGAUGAAAGAGAUCGUUCAGAUCUCGGAAGUCUUCUCGCUGUCUCAAUCCGAUGCAACCGUAGCCCUAAUCCGUCUAGGUUGGGACUCGUUCAAGGCUUCGGAUCUUUUGGGAGACAACAAGGAGAAGUUUCUUUCGAAACUAGGGUUGGUUCAGGUCUCCGGUUCGAACCGUGGCGACGGAGAUAAUAAUAAUAAUCUUGUCUCCACUCCCUUGUGCUCACACAAGUUUUGCUCUGAUUGCUGGAGAGAUCAUCUCACCCAAUCUCUCAAGAAGAAGGAGGAGAUGGUGAUGUCUUGUCUUAGCCAAGACUGUGUUGCCUCGGUUGGACCGGAUACGAUCGAGAAGCUCGAGGAGCCGGUUAAGGAGAUGUACGAGAGGUACGUUCUUGGAUCUUUCAUGGACAGCAACAGGAUCAAGUGGUGUCCCGCAAAGGGAUGCGAGUACGCCAUCGAGCGUCAUGAGGAUGGUGAUGAUGACGACGAGGAGGCCAGUGAUUUCGGCGUGGUGUGUUUGUGCGGUCACACGUUCUGUUGGAGGUGCAAGCUCGAGUCUCACCGGCCAGUGACGUGCAACAACGCUUCCCUUUGGUUGAAUGACCUCUUGGAUGAAGCGAGAACGUUUGGAUUGAUCGCUACGAAGACCAAACCUUGCCCUCGUUGCCAGAGCCGUGUGGAGAAGGAUAGUGAUAAUAAUAAUCUGAGGAUCGUUACUUGCGUCUGCAGUUACGCCUUCUGUUGGAGGUGCUUGCGACCAGAGGAAGAUCACAGAGGAGGACUAGACCAUUGUUCUGAAGUUUUUGUUCCUCCACCACGCGAGGAAACGGCUCUGAUUCAUCACCUGACGCUCUGGGAGGAGAGUCAUAAGGCCAUGGAGGCAUCUAAAACCUAUCUCGAAGCCAUUGAGAGAAAGAGCGUUCCGUUACUUACCGAGGGAUGCGGUCUGGGGGAGUUAGACAUGGGGGCUGUGAGGGAAGCGUGUAUGCUUAUUAUUCAAUGCAGACUCGUGUUGAAGUGGAGCGGUGUGUUUGGUUACUUCAUAACCGAUUACCAUAGCGGGAAGAAGCAGUACUUGGACCACCUUUUGGAGAAAGCUACCGCGAAUCUUCUGAAGCAUGUAAAGAGUGUGGAUGAGUUGGUGGAGGGAGCCGUCUCGGGUGGAGUUGUAGCUGGCUUCAGGCAUAAGAUGGAGACCUCGACGAAAGCGACUGGUAACUACUUUCACGUCUUUGUCAAGACCGUUGAAGAUGGUCUGUGCGAUGUGAAGGCUGGCGUUUUUGAGAAUGUGCCUACCGAUUAUUGGUUCUGUGACCGUUGUACGUUUCAGAACGACAGCUUUGAGCAGAAGUGUAGGGUUUGCGUUUUCCCUUUUGAAGGUCCUUCUCCUCUUGUGGCUCUUGGCAACGGUACUGCGAUUGCUCAUCAGCAACAAGAGCUCCCUAACGUGUCCAGCAAUCCAUUUGCAUCUCCUCAGCAAGAAGCACCAAACACUGUGGCGUUUGGUAACACCAACAACACUGCAAGUGCCAAUAUGUUCAAUAACCCCUUUGCUAGUGUAGGAGGAACAAACCUUUUUGGUUCUGCUCCACUUGUUGCUUUUGGUAACAGUAACAGUGCUGCUCAUCAUCAACAAUCCAACAAUCCAUUUGCUCUUCCUGCGGCUUUUGGUAACAACAGCAGCAUUGGUGCAAGUGCUUAUCAACCAAACAUGGCGAACAAUCCAUUUGCUGCUUAUGGGAACAACAGUGCUCAUCAGCAACAAGUCCCAACCAUGGCGAACAAUCCAUUUGCUCGUCCAGGAGGAGCAAAUCCGUUUCAGUCUCCUCCAUUUGUGGGUUUCGGUAACAGCAACGGUGCUCAUAAGCAAGAAGCCCUCGUCAAGGAGGAACCAAACCUCGAAAAUUCGAUGGAGAGCGAGUGAUUGAUGACUGCUGCGCUUUCUGGUUUUCUUUUGGAUUCUAUUUUCUUUGUCUUUUAUUAGUGUUUUAUAAUAAGUCUUUUGCUUUGUUUCCUUGUUGAAAACGCAAACAAUAUGGUUCAGUUUAUUUUUUCGGAUAAAACUUUUGUUGAUAUUUGGA